UAGUCACAAACACACGAUUCCGCCCAUUCUAGAGUGGACUGGACAUAAACAUGCUCGCACAUCUACUUGUCGGCUGCGUUUUGUCUGCCGGUAGCGAGGUGAUUCUUUAAGAGCUCUGAGAACCCAAACUUGUGGCCGCCCCGCAGCUGAGCCGAAGUGGAGCUGGGAGCUGCCCAGACGACCUGAGGCUGCCAGCUGACCACCUUCCUCCCUACAGAUCGCUGGAGCCAAGCUCAGCGGGGGAGAAGCCACGCUCGCGGGUGGGUGCCGGGGCUAAGGGCGGAAGCCGGGUUCCCACAGAGGCCUCCGCGCCCAGGCGGCUGCAGCGGCGGCGCCGGGGGACCGGAGGCCUGACACCGGGAUGCGCCCCCCACUCUGGACAACCGGCCGCAGAAGUAAAGGGCCAGCAUCCCGCCACAGCUAUGCUUCCCGCGGGACAAUCUCGGGAGAAGGUCCUGGAAGAGGCUCGCAGGCCGGUUUUCCGAGGGAAACGGCGAGGUGGGGAGGGAGCGCCCAUGACCCUCCCCGCCCUCCCCUCUCCCGCUCACCCGGCCGCACAGGCGACAGGACUGUUCCGAAGAAACGUACUCGGGGUUGUAGUGUCGCCCUCCGCCACACGGGGCUGGAUCACCUGCUGGCUCGGCGGCAUCGGUCCGGGCUCCUCUCUUGGUGGAGGCAGGCGGAGGCGCGCCUGCGGCGUCCUCUUUCAUUGGCCGCGGCGAGGGCGCUGCCAUGUUGGAGGAAGCGGUGCCUUCUGUGAGGUGGAAACGCCGUGGCUUCACCCAUAGCGUUGGGGAGCGCAGCCUCCUACCUUUCCUUCUCGCUGGAGUGUUGGUGCUGAGAGGCGGCGGCCGGCGGGAUGGAGAGAAGUAGGAUGAACCUGCCCAAGGGGCCGGACACGCUCUGCUUCGACAAGGACGAGUUCAUGAAGGAAGAUUUUGACGUCGAUCACUUUGUGUCUGACUAUAGGAAGCAUGUCCAGCUGGAGGAACUAAGAGGAGAUCUGGAACUCUACUAUAAACAUCUUAAAAUAGCCAUGGUCGAGCUCAUCAAUAAGGAUUAUGCAGAUUUUGUCAACCUUUCCACAAACUUGGUUGGCAUGGACAAAGCCCUCAAUCAACUUUCUGUGCCUUUGGGACAGUUACGAGAAGUUCUGGUAAGUCCCAAAUUAAUGAAAACAGUCUGCUGUGAUGCCUGUUGUCCUCGUCGGCUUUUCUCUAAGAAUUCUUUUCAUCUGUUAGUUUGGUGGUACUGGUGGUUGUAUUUUAACGGUUCAUGAUUAUAAUAUUCACCUUCAGAAGAGUUGUAAAUGAUUUUGUUUUUGCAUAUGCUAAAAACCUAAAAAAACAUGUUCGAUUUGAAGAAGACAUAUUCUCAGAUUAGACAACCUUAAAAUGUCAGGGGAGAGGAAGCAUAUUUCCAAAUUCAACGUAUUAAUGCCACUUUGGUCAUAUGUAAGUGGUUUCUAACUUAUGAAUGACUUGUAUUUUAACAGUUUGUAAUCUUGUAAAUAUCCCCCCCUGCCCACGUAAUCUACAUGUGGUUAGGUUCCUGGGCUGAUCUACAAAAACUGUGUAAUCCCUAAUGGAACUGAAGGAUAAUAUAAAUAAAAUGUAAUACUUAAUAAAUGUUACAUUUGCAUGUUCUCUCAGAAAAAUCUCUGUUGUGGGAAUGG